UCUCUGUGGUACGAAGAUGACCGAUUCCUGUCUAAGUUCUUUGGGUGCAAAGGUUGUCGUCGCUACAUCCAGCGAUGAGAGUCACCCACCAGAAAACAUCAUUGACGGAAACACCAAAACGUUUUGGAUGUCCACCGGGAUGUUUCCUCAGGAGUUCAUCAUCCGCUUCGCUGAACCCACGAAACUUUCUGCUGUGACAGUGGACAGCUACAAUGUCAAGAAUCUAAAGAUAGAAAAGAAUACCUCACAAAAUGCUUUUCAAUUUGAGUCUGUCACAGAGAAAGAGUUUGAACAUACAGAUGGACAUCUUCAGUCAAAUGCUAUUUCACUAAAUGGAAGCAGUGCAACACACCUUCGUUUUAUCAUCACUACAGGAUAUGAUCACUUUGUUUCAGUGCACAGAGUCAGUGUACAAAACUGACACACUUG